UAAAAAUAAAAGAGCUUAAAAAAAACACUCUGCCCCUGCUGGUCCAAGACGCCUGCGCCCCUUCCCACCUUCCCCCAUGCAUCGGAUUGCUUGACUCCUCCCUCUCUUCACGGUGGACAGAGACAGAGAGGGAGAGAGAAAUUAUGCAAUUGAAGCCCUUCAACUCCUUGAGCAUCGCGUUCAUGAUGGGUGGCGCAUUCUUGAUCCUUUUCCUCUGUAGCUUCCUCGAAUUCCCUUCUAUAUCAACCUCAAUCCAACCCAUGAAAGAUCCCAAUCUCUCUCUAUCUCUAACUAAGUCCACGCCUGACCCAUUUACCAAUUUGAUCAGUGCCUUCAAGAAAUGGGACUCUCAAGUGGGUUGUGCCCAUUUCAGAGGCAAGCAUCAUGAGGCGUUACUUCAAAGCCAAAAUCAAAAUGGUUCUUCUUCUUCUCUGCAACAAGUUCAACUUGGCAUUGAAUCUGAGUGUAGGGAGCCCAAGGUUGAGCAUAUCAGCGUCAUGGUCAAAGGGUGGACUUGGAUUCCUGAUAAUUUGGAUAAUUUGUAUUCGUGCCCCUGUGGGUUGAGCUGUUUGUGGACUAAAUCUUCCGUUCUUGCUGACAAACCUGAUGCCUUAUUGUUUGAGACUACUACGCCUCCGCUUCAGAGAAACACUGGAGAUCCACUUCGUGCGUACAUGGAUCUUGAGGCUGGCAGGAAGAAAUCUGGCUUUGAGGAUCUAUUUAUUAGUUAUCAUGCCAAAGAUGAUGUGCAGUGCACCUAUGCUGGUGCACUCUUUCACAAUGGUCGGAAUUAUCACGUGUCUUCAUAUAAGCACAAUGAUACACUUGUUUAUUGGUCAUCAUCGCGUUGUCUGCCUCAAAGAAAUAAGCUUGCCUAUAAGCUUCUCAGCUUACUACCUCAUCAUUCGUUUGGAAAGUGCUUGAACAAUGUUGGUGGUGGCUUGGACAUGGCCCUUUCGUUCUACCCUGAGUGUGCCAGUGAUGCUAGUGUCAGUCAGAAAUGGUGGGACCAUUUACAUUGUGCUAUGUCUCACUAUAAGUUUGUUUUAGCUAUUGAAAACACAAUGACAGAGAGUUAUGUGACGGAAAAGCUAUUUUAUGCUCUAGAUUCUGGUGCAGUUCCUAUCUAUUUUGGUGCCCCUAAUGUCUGGGACUUCGUCCCUCCUCAUUCAAUAAUCGACGGCACUAAAUUUAGCAACUUGGAGGAAUUGGCUUCUUAUGUGAAAGCCCUUGCCAAUGACCCAGUUGCCUAUGCCGAGUACCAUGGAUGGAGAAGAUGCGGCGUGAUGGCGAAUUAUGUAAAAACCCGUGCAUUGAGCCUUGACACAUUACCAUGCAGACUCUGUGAAGCUGUUAGCAGAAAAGGUGGGAGAAAUGCAAGAGGCAAGUGAAAUUUUGGCCUUUCUGUCUCAUUUGAGUGAUCUACUGCUAGUGCUCAUAGUGAUUCUGGGAUUUUUAUUAUGUAACAUUAAUGGUUAUGUGUAAAUUGUAUACAAGUGACACUGACGUGUUAAAAUACAAAUCUGCAGUUGUAUAUCCGAAGAGAUCCAAAAUUUAACUCAA